CGAGAUCGUACGUGCGCGCUUCCGUAAAGCAGUGACAAAGAUGGCGGUCGCCGGAUCAGUCGUAGUUCCCCGCAACUUUCGACUGCUGGAGGAACUGGAGGAAGGUCAGAAGGGAGGUGGAGACGGUACAGUGAGCUGGGGCCUCGUGGAUGAUGAUGACAUGACGCUAACUCAGUGGAAUGGCAUGAUCAUCGGCCCCGCCAAGACCAUCUAUGAAGGCAGGAUAUACAGUCUGAAAAUCGACUGUGGAAGCAGAUACCCAGACCAUCCUCCGCAUGUCCGCUUUGUGAACAAGAUCAACCUGACCGGCGUGAACAGUUCGACUGGUGUGGUGGACAUAAAGGCAGUGACGUCGCUGUGCCGGUGGAAAAACUCCUACAACAUCCGGACGGUGCUGCAGGAGCUCAGACAGCACAUGAUGAUGAAAGAGAACAACAGGCUGUCCCAGCCGCCCGAGGGCCAGGUGUACAGCAACUGAUCUCCUGCUGCUGCUAUCCCUCCCUGUCACUCACUCUCACACAACCACGCACACACACAACAUCGUACACACCUAACACUGACUCUGCCACUUUCGAAAAAGAAAAAAAAAAACAAAAAACACAACCGUCAUUGGUAUCCAAGACUCUCGACUCCCACUUCCUCCUCCAGGAGUCUUCCAUUGGACAGAGAGAGGGAGGCGUAGGUGAACCUGACCUCCUCACCCAGUGCCCAGUCAUCCAGUAAAGUUCACGGUGCAGACCAGACAUUAAAAAACAAGAAUACUGUACAUCUUACUAAUGUUAUUUUUUAUUUUCUUUGUGUUUCUAUGUUCGGAUUGUAAAAUAACAAAAUGACCUGAUUGAGUGUAUUCAUAAUGUGCGUGUUCUGGGUUCUUCACAAGUGGUGACAGUCAGUCCCUGUUAUAUGGGUAUACACACACAUAUAUAUAUAUAUCGGUGAGGAAUUUGAAUCCACUCACUGCUCAGAAAAACAAAUCCACUUCUGUAACCCCAACUGAAAUACGGCUGUUUAAAGGUUUGGGAUAAUUUGGAGUUGUUUUUCAACACAACAAACCUCAAUAUCUUGCAGUAUGCUUAAAGAUUUCCCUUAUAAAGAAAAAAACAAACCCUUUGCUUGGUCUCCAGGCUGUGUUAGUCUCAAAUUCCCCAGCUUCCGCAAAAUCCCGACGAUGUGAAUUUGAGGGGCCUUCCUUAAGUGAGUGCAUGUCCAGUACACGGGAAUAAACUGCUACUAGACAUUCAGCAACGUAUCUAUCAGCAGGGCACUGCUGGCUCAUCACUCAUGUUCUCAGACUUGUCUUCUGUGUGCCAUAUGGUUCAUAGCGCUUUGUGAUGGUGAUUGAUUAUUAGCAGCCAGCGGGGAAGAGGGAAAGGAGGGGAGGGUGGGGGGUGGAUAUAGGUCCUUGUGCUUCUCUCUUUGGAGAACGUAGAGUUUGUGUGCUCGGCACCCUUUUCAGGAUCACCACUGUACUGUGGCCUGUGUGGAACAGGAGGAGCUGUGAUUUAUGUUUGUUUGCUGUUUCUUUUUUCUCUGUUUUUUUGGGUUCUUGUUUAGUUUCCUUUGGUCUCUGGGCUGACCUGUGUAUACUCCAUGGAGUCGUCUCUCCUCUCAUACGGUGAACCCCCCCAGUGAACGCAAUGUACGGCUUUGGAUGUUUAUUUUAUAAUUGGGGGUUGAAUCUAAUCAGGGUGAUGGUGACCUGUUGCAUGGUUUUAUUUGAAUUAAACGUUAUUACUUUUGCACA